CCUCUGAUUGGGAUCACAAGGAUCUACGACCCCCCCUACCUGUCGUUCUGCUGAGUCAGCGUUCAUAAGGUGACUCAGCCAUGGCUGGUGUAUUAUUUCAGCCCAUAACCCUAAUAGCUUGGCGGCUUUUAUGAUUCGGACGACACCCAAAAUAUAAUAUAAUAAAUUAAUAUAAUAUAUAUCGCCAUAUACUAGGAAAUGUUGUGUGAGUUUAGGAACAAAAACAAUACUGUCAGACGUAUUAUCCUCUUGCAAUGUUGAGAAUGUGUUCAUACUCACAUGCUGAAUACCAGUAACUGAAAUUGUGAAAAUAAAUAGAAACGAGUUUAUUUUAUUUGUUUGUCAUUUUGGAUAGACAUCUUCAUGUCUAAAAUUGUGUCAUGUAAAUAUAUAAAUCGAAGAAUUAUCUUGAUAAAGGAACUAAUCUUAUUGGUCUAUUUAAGAGCUGAGGGGUAUUUCAGCCACAGGUGUCGCGCUCGGUUCCACCGCGGGGGGCACUGUUAGCUAGAAAAACUACUUCCGGGACCCGCUUCGCAGACCGGAAGUCGCCUUUUGUUGACUCGUCGUCAGGGGGAGCGAAGAUGGCGAACAUGGACGUGGAGGAUUUUAUUCAGCAGAACAGAGCGCUGGCGGAGCAGGUGGAAACGUUCCGAGGCUACUGGGAGAGCGAGAAGCACUGGGAGGCCCGGCGGGAGUUCAUCCUGCGGAACAUCAGCGACUACGAGGACCCGCACCUGGACCAGCUCGUGUCCCUGUCCAUGGUCUGGGCCAACAACGUCUUCCUCGGCUGCCGCUACAGCUCGGUGCUGCUGGAGAAGGUGAAAGACAUGGCUGAAGGAGUCGUGGUGGAGGACGCACCGGUCUUCAAGACCAGAGACGAGAUCAUGAAGAAGCAGAAGUGUCAGUGAUGGGACCCGGUGCAGCCAGAUGGUUUUACCACGUUUUUUAACGUCUAAAAUAUUAUGUAAAAAGACUUGCUUUUAAUUUGACAUGUUGGAGCUCCAUUUAACUUUUACUUUUUUUAAACGACUAUGAACAUGUAUGUUUUCCAAAUGUCUGAAGCGUAAUAAAAUACUUUUCUUAUAAGA